UCAACUCAUUACUCAAACCCAUUUCCUUUGCACCCAAACGCUCUCCAGAAAAUCUCUUCAAUUUUCUCGAGAAAAUCUCUUCAUGUCGUGGCAAGUGACGUCGAUGAUCACCUUCUAUUUGACAUCGAAGGUAACCACCUCACUUCUGCUGCUAUCCUCGGUCAAGAUGGUAGCGUUUGAGCUCAGAGUCACAAUUUCCCUCAGUUCAAACCUGAGGAAAUAACUGGUAUCAUGAAUGAUUUUGCUGAGCCUGUAACAUUUGGUCCAACUGGAUUAUAUAUUGGUGGCACAAAAUAUAUGGCGAUCCAAGGUGAACCAGGAGCUGUCAUUCGAGGGAAGAAGCUGCGAGAGCGUAAUUUUAUGUUGCAUAAGGAAUCAAGGCAACACGACCCAUAUGGUAUUUUUAAUACAGAAGAGUCCAUUCCAAGGGAUAUUGGUCCUUAUAAGAAUUUGGUUAUAUUCACAUCAAGUUCUAUGUAUCCAAAGUUCAUCUCAAGCCCUUCCUCUGUUCCAUUACUAAUAAAGUUAAGGAUCUUGAUGAGCAAUCUUCAGACAGUUGAUUUGAAAGGCCUUACAAAUCAACAAAAAUUAGCAUUUUGGAUCAACUUGUACAAUGCUUGUAUCAUGCAUGGAUUCAUCCAAUAUGGAGUGCCAUCCACCCCAGAAAAGCUAACAGCAUUGAUGAACAAGUGCUUCUUUCCUCAGAAUUUUAUUAACAGUGUUAGAACUCCGCUCUUUCUUCUUAAUGCUGCUUAUGAUUCAUGGCAGAUGUGCAAUUUUGGUUGUAAGCCAUGGGGAUCCCCUGCAAAUCUUGCAAACAAUUCUCCUUGCUUCUAAUAAACACAAGGGUCCCUCUUAUGAUGACUUAGCUUCAAUGUUAGAGGCAGUUUAGGUGGCAUCGAUCUUGUCCCAACACCGCCAAUACACAAUGCAAACUGGAGAGCUCAAGGGAGUCAAUUAAGGUCUAACAUAGAGCCAACUUACUGUUUUAGUUGAAUUUGGAUCCCCUAUUCCACUAUUUACUUUUUAUAUUCAUAACCAAAACUUUUUAGAGUAUUUAUCAAAUAUUUUAUUUAGGAAGAUGAUUAUUGUCCUUUAUGAAAUUAGUUUGCAAUUUAUCACAAUAAAUGUUAAGAAA